AUGUAUAAUUUCAUUUAUUUUAGUGGAGAAAAAGAUCAAUCAACGACAACUGAUAGUGAUAUUAUUCAAGAUAUUAAGGUGAUGUUGGAUUCAAAUAAUGUGUUGGUUAGAUCUUAUAAGAUGGUAAGAGAUACCUUUCAGAAAAAUCCUCAAGUUGAUAUGAAACUACGACUUAUCGGGAGAAGGGAACGAGAUGGAAGAACAUAUAACCUACCGACUGCUUCUGAGGUUGCCGCUUUAAUUGUCGGUGACAUUUGUGAUUCAAUUGAAAAGAGAGAUAUUGUUGUUGAAACAAAAACUGGAUUUCUACAACGUAUCAGUGAAUUGCAUCCUUCAUACCUUCCUCUUCAAUAUCCAUUGUUGUUUCCAUAUGGAGAUGAUGGUUACAGUGUUGACAUUCUUCAUAGAGGUUUGUCAUUUACGACCAACAGCAAGCGGGUGAAAUGUACAAUGAGAGAAUAUUUCGCUUUUAGAAUUCAAGAUAGAGAUCAUUCGUUCUCGCUCAUUCUUAAUUCAAAAAGAUUGUUUCAACAGUUUCUGGUAGAUGCCUAUACUAUGAUUGAAACUGAGAGAUUGCAUUACAUACGUAGGCAACAACAUGUUCUUAGAUGCGAGUCUUACGAGAAUUUACGUAAGCAAAAAGCUCAAGGAUCCACUAAAGUCUCAAAUGUCGGCCAACGUGUCAUAUUACCUUCAUCCUUUACCGGUGGUGCACGCUAUAUGUUGCAAAACUAUUUGGAUGUCAUGUCACUAUGUAAAUGGUUUGGAUAUCCAGAUUUUUUCAUAACAUUUACGUGUAAUCCCAAAUGGCCAGACAUUAAAAGUUUUCUUAAGGAUACUUCACUUCAACCAGAAGACAUGCCUGAUAUAUUAUGUAGGUUUUUCAAGAUCAAGCUCGAUGCAUUUAUUAAAGACUUAAGGGAGAAUAAAAUUUUCGGCAAAGUUCAAGCAUAUGUUUAUACCAUUGAAUUUCAAAAAAGAGGUUUGCCGCAUAGUCAUAUAUGCUUAUUUAUGCAUUUUGACAACAAGUUACCCACUGUUGAAUUAAUUGAUCCAAUAAUUUCUGCUGAGAUACCAGACAAAAUUGAAGAGCCUGAAUUGUAUUCACUUGUCAAUGAGUUCAUGAUUCAUGGUCCAUGUGGAGUUGAAAAUAUCAAUUUUCCAUGCAUGGUGGAUAAAAAGUGCUCUAAAAACUUUCCCAAACAAUUCUGUCAUCAUUCGUUUGUUGAUGAAAAUGGUUUUCCGUUAUAUAGGAGAAGAAACGAUGGUCAUUUUGUAGAAAAAUCAGGUGUCAAGUUGGAUAAUAGAAAUGUUGUUCCAUACAACAAAUACCUAUUAAAAAGAUAUCAGGCACAUAUUAAUGUUGAAUGGUGCAACCAGGGAUCUUCUAUAAAGUAUCCUUCUGUGGUUAGACUACCUUUUCAUCUUCCUAAUCAACAACAGAUUGUAUAUGGCGAAGAUGAUGAUAUCGACGAUGUUCUGGACAAACCUUCUGUUGCUGCUUCAAAGUUCACAGCUUGGAUGGAAUGUAAUGCAAUUAAUAGUGAAGCACGAGAACUUACAUAUGUUGAAUUUCCUACAAAGUUUGUUUGGGUAUUAAAUGAUAGGUUUUGGAAGAGAAGGAAAGUAGGAAAAGCCAUUGGUCGAAUUCAUUCGGUUUCACCUAAUCUUGGUGAAGCUUAUUUUUUAAGGAUUCUUUUAAAUAAAGUUAAAGGUCCGACAUCAUUUGAUGAAAUUCGCACGGUAAAUGGUGAAACAUAUUCUUCUUUUAGAGAUACUUGUUAUGCACUCGGGCUAUUAGAUGAUGACAAAGAAUACAUCGAUGCAAUUAAAGAAGCAAGUCAUUCUGGAUCUGGUUUUUAUCUACGCUUCUUAUUUGCCACAUUGUUGAUGUGUAAUAGUAUGUCUAAACCAGAGGUUGUUUGGGAAAAUACAUGGGAAUAUUUGUCGGAUGGAAUUCUAUAUAACCAACGACAAAAGUUGAAGUCUCCAGACUUAUCACUCGGUGAAGAUGAAGUUAAGAACUUAACUUUGUUUGAAAUAGAACAAAUUUUACUUCAAAACAACUCCACUCUCAAAAAUUUCACAAAGAUGCCUUACCCAGAUGUUGAAUCAGUUUCUUCUUCGAACAAUCGACUUAUCAUUGAGGAGCUAGAUUAUGACAUUCCCGUUAUGAAGAAUGAGUUUGAUCAUAUGUUUCUUGCAUUAAAAAAUGAGCAACGUAAUAUUUUCCUUAACAUCAUGAGUGCUGUUAAAGAAAAUAAAGGAGGUGUUUUCUUCAUUUAUGGUUAUGGUGGAACGGGUAAAACUUUUCUAUGGAAGACAAUAUCUGCAGCAAUUAGAUCAGACGGUAAUAUUGUUUUAAAUGUUGCUUCAAGCGGUAUUGCUUCGUUAUUGUUGCCCGGUGGUAGAACAGCACACUCUCAAUUUAUACUUCCAUUUGAACUUACAGAGGAUUCUUUUUGUAAAAUAAAUCCAGAUGGUGACUUGGCUAACUUAUUAAGAAAAACCUCUUUGAUAAUUUGGGAUGAAGCACCUAUGAUCCAUAAGCAUGCAUUUGAAGCUUUAGAUCGAACUUUGAAAGAUGUAUUAAGGUGUGGAAAUUCUAGCAUCUCAAAUAUUCCUUUUGGACGGAAAGUUAUAGUUUUUGGAGGAGAUUUCAGACAGAUUCUACCUGUUGUUCCGGGUGGCAGCAGACAGAAUAUUGUUAAUGCUUCUUUGAGUUCUUCAUAUUUAUGGCAACACUGCAAAGUGUAUAGAUUAACAAAAAACAUGAGGCUAACUGUUGGAAGGGAUCAACCUGAUAUAGAAAAAAUAAGAGAUUUUGCAAAUUGGUUAUUGGAUAUAAGAGAAGGCAAACUCGGUGGUCCGAACGACGGUGAAACGAUUAUCGAUAUUCUCAUUAAUGAUCCAGAUGAUCCUAUAGGUUCAUUAAUUGAGUUUGUAUAUCCUUCAAUUUUGGAGAAGUAUAGCAGUACAAAUUAUUUCCAAGAAAGAGCUAUACUUGCUCCAAAGAAUGAAGUUGUUUAG